CCUCGAUCUCCUCCUGUCUUCAAAAAUUUCCACCAUACCCCAAAAGCCAAUGAACUCCAACAGCCAAGAAGAUGAUGAUCAGUUUGAUCGUCUUCCAGAUGCACUUCUCCUCUUAAUCUUCAACAAACUCCUUGAUGCCAAGACUUUAAUCAGAUGCCUUUCUGUCUCUAAGCGUUUUGCUUCUCUUCUUCCUCAAAUCCACACCAUUUUUCUCCCCCUCCCUUGCUUUGUACCUAAUCCAAAACCGAGGGAGAUAGGCUUCCCCAUAAAAGUUUUCAAAGUUUUGGUAAACAAGUUGAUCACAAAACCUAUACAGUUUCUCCAUCAUGUCGUUUCUUCAAAGCCUCAUGCAGCAGCCUUAAACUCCAACAUUAAUUCUAACCAUUUCUUGUACUAUUCCCCUAAUGAAGUUUUGAAGAACUUCAAAGAAGUAAAAACUUUGCGUUUGGAGAUCCCUCGCCUUGGCUGCGAGAUGGGAUUUAACGGUGGUGAUCAUUCCUUGCUCAAGUGGAAAGCUGAAUUUGGUGAGGAGCUCAGGAGCUGCAUAGUUCUUGGCGCAACAUCUUUUCAAAGACAAGAAUGUGAAGAACACGAAGAAAUCCGACCACCUUUGACGGGGGAAGAGCUGCAGUCGCGAAUAAUAUGGACGAUAUCUUGCUUAGUAUCUGCUUCGAUGAGGCAUUUCUUGUUGAAACAAAUCGUGGGAAAGUUGCCUAUGCUUCAAAGCGUGGUUAUUACGGAUGCGAGUAAGCAAGGAAAGCUUUGCAUGGUGGAACAACAGCUUGUGGAGCUGAGAAAUAGUGUGAAGAACUCGUCGUCGGAGGCGGAGGCGUUAGAGUCGUUGUUGGAGAGGACUCCGAUACCUAACUUGUGCAUGAAGCUAUGGUUCGUGCCUGAGAUGGAGCUACCGGCAUCUGGGUUUGUGAUGAAAGGGCUGACACUUGUGCUGAUCAAGCCUGCUAGUGAGAGGAGUAUAAGUGAAUGUGAUUUGUUGUUGGGAGAUUUGGAUGGAGAGGAUGACGAGGAGAAGGCAGUUUUUGGAGAAGCUAUGAGAGAGAUAGUGAAGAGGAAGAUGAUGUUUAUGAUCGAAAUGAGUUCCUUUUGAGGUGUACAAUAUUUAAGUAAGCAUAUAUAUUUUCUUCUUAAUUGGAUCUAC